AUCGGCAAGGGCAAGAGCAGCAUUGCGCCAAGCACCAGCUCCCGAGCACCAGCUCCCGCUGCAUCUUCCCAAACAAGGGCGAUGUGACGCCUUGUGAUUACAGCAAACACUCGCUGUGUGUGUGCGUGUGUUUGUGAUACACCGGGAAGACCCACACACACACACAUAGAGGCGGGGAUCCGUCGGAGAGGGGACCGAGGCUGCAGACUGCAGACUGCAUCUGCCUGGGCGGCCGGUGCCAUGCAGACUGUGCUGCCUCCCACUCUGCCCUUGAGCCGGCGUCACCAUGAAAAAGCAUUCGGCCAGGGUGGCCCCCCUCACCGCCUGUAACAGUCCGGUGCUGACCCUCACCAAGGUGAAAGGAGACGAGAGGCCGGAGGAGGGGAGUGGGGCGGGGGCAGGGGCCGGCUCGGUGCGGACGGAGACAGAGAGUCGGCAAGAGGCUGCAGCAGGAGAAGGAGGAGAAGGAGGCGAAGGUGGUGGUGGGCGGCGCUGGUGGAGGGCGGGACCCCGGUGCUGCGGCCGUCGCCGGCUCUCCGUGGAGCGCCUGAAGGAGGCGCUGUGGGGCUCGGCGGUGGUGCUGAGCGUGUGCUCGUCCUGGGCCGGCACCAGCCAGCUGGCCAAGGUCACCUUCCGCACCUUCGAUGCUCCCUUCGCCAUCACCUGGUUUGCCGCCACCUGGAACCUUCUCUUCUUCCCUCUCUACUACCUGGGCUACGCCUGGAGCUCCGACGAGAAGCAGAACCCACUGCAGCAGUUCAGGGAAUGCUGCAGGCUUUACGGAGACGACGGAUUAACAAUCAAGAUAUUCUUUACCCGAACGGCCCCCUUCUGCGUCCUGUGGACCUUAACCAACUACCUGUACCUGUUGGCCCUGAAGAAGAUUAGUGCCACCGAUGCCUCUGCUCUCUUCUGCUGCAACAAGGCCUUUGUCUUUCUGCUCUCCUGGAUAGUUCUACGGGACAAGUUCAUGGGUGUGAGGAUCGUGGCUGCCAUCUUCGCCAUUGCCGGCAUCGUGAUGAUCACCUACGCCGACGGCUUCCACAGCCACUCGGUAAUCGGCAUCGCCCUGGUGGUGGCCUCGGCAUCCAUGUCCGCUCUCUACAAGGUCCUGUUUAAGAUGCUGCUGGGCAGUGCCAAGUACGGUGAAGCCGCCUUAUUCCUGACUGUGCUCGGCCUCUUCAACGUCACCUUCAUCAUCUGCGUGCCUACGGCCCUCUACUUCACCGGCAUCGAGCACUGGACAUCCUUCAGCCUCAUCCCCUGGGAGAAGCUGUGUGGGAUAGCCAUCCUGCUGCUCUCGUUCACCAUCCUGAUGAAUUUCGGGAUUGCCGUCACCUCUCCGACGUUGAUAUCAGUGGGAGUGGUCCUCAGUGUCCCCGUGAAUGCUGUUGCGGACGCCUACUCCACCGACAUCAUCUUCAACGGGGUGCGUGUGAUUGCGGUGCUGAUCAUCUGCCUGGGUUUCCUGCUGCUGCUGCUCCCCCAGGAGUGGGACAAGAUGGCGGUGAGGCUGGUCAGCCGCUUCCGUGUCAGCAAGCGGGAGGAGGUGGUGGAGGAGGCGGCGGCGGGCGCAGACGGGGGCUUCGCGGGACAGAGCCGGCGGAGCAAGGCCUCACGGACAUCCACCGCCACGCUGGCCCACUCCUUCUAGCCCAGCGGCGGUGGCACGGAGCCCCGCGUCCCGCACUACAGCUACAAUCAACAGCUGCACGGUGAAAUGCAGGCAGGCAGGCAGGCGGGGGCGGGCGGGCACGAAGAGCUCAUGUUGCAUAUGGGUGCCUACUUCGUGCCAUGACCUUCAACGACACGUGGUCUGGUAAGAUGGUGUGUCCUGGUGCCCUCCACACUAGACGGCCACAGACAAUGGUGUUUCAUUGGCUACGGAUGGGGCUGGGGUUGGUGGUGGGAGAGUGAUGGUGGCCUCAAGAGAUGUUGGAGGCAGGUAGCGGUGAGAGGGACGUGUGGUCUCCCAUUUAGCUGCCAUCGUCCCCAGACUCCUGGCUUGUCCGGGUGUAGUGUUGAUCGGAUAUUGACUGUGUACUCACCUCUUGCCAUGUGGGCAUGGGAUAGAGUGGGCAUUGAUCCAACCAGCUCAUCGUGCUGAUGGGCAUGGACACUACCAGCUCCUCCAGCCACUUGGGCAUGGGACUGAGUGGGCAUUGACCCAACCAUCUCAUCCUGCUGAUGGGCAUGGGAUUGGAUGGGCAUUGAUCCAACCUUUCCAUCCUGCUGAUGGGCAUGGGACUGAGUGGGCAUUGAUCCUACCAGCUCCUCCAGCCACUUGGGCAUGGGACUGAGUGGGCAUCAACUGAGCCCUCACCCCUAUUGUUUGGGCACAGGGGUAUAGUUGUAGUUUACACCAUGUCACUUGGGCAUUUGGUACAACUGAUACUCUGACAUUUGGGGCACAGGGUACACUUUACAGCAUGACAUAUGGGCAUAGGGUAGUACUGGAUACGCUGACAUUUGGGUGCAGUUUUAACCCCCUCCCUGGCCUCGUGCCGAUCUCUCCGUCACACCUCACACCAUUGGGCAGCUCUACCCUUGCCCUGCUGACUGGUCCACUCAGCGACACGACGCCUCCAACCACCUCCACCACUCCCUGCAUCACCGACAUCCCACUCCACCCUCCGGACCUGCUGACCAAGACUAGCUCCCCCUUCCACUCCUGGCAUUCUCCAGGCCCAAUCCGGCCGAUGCCUGCUCAUGGAGUCUACCACCAGUGUGUAGGUGUUCAUGGAGUCUACCACCAGUGUGUAGGUGUUCAUGGAGUCUACCACCAUUGUAGCCCCAGCUUGUUUCUAAAGUCCCACUGACGGCCUCCCAUGCAUCCCCAUGGUAACUGGCGGAGGGUCGGCCUGUGGGAUGGUUCAUGCACGGACAGCUGUAGUGGGAAGAGUGGGAGAGGCCACAUGUCCUGUGGACCAUGACACGGAUCUGUCUCUUGCCCGGGAAACGUCACAGAUCCCAUUCUCAUGUCCUCCAGUUAUUGUAACUUGGGCGGUGUGCUUCAAUGUUAAGCAUUGUGGUCUGAUGUGUGGACCACCCAGUUGGUGGGAGCGAGGCAGACACGUAAAGGGGCACACCCCUUGUCGCAGGGUCACAGAGCAUGGAUACAGGCCCUUUGGCCCAUCAUGUCCAUUCCAUUCAUCCAAUUACACUAUUCCCAUUUUAUUCUUCCCCGCAUUCACCUGGAAACCCCCUUCUCCAGUUUUCUCCACCCACCUGCACACAAGGUGUGAUAUACACCUGCCAGCUCACCCACCGACCUGCAUGCCUUUAAGAUGUGGGAGGAAACCCACCCGGUCACAGUGUGAACCUGCAAACUCCACGCAGAGGGGGGUGGGCGGAAUCGAACCUGCGUCCCUGGAGCUGUGAGGCAGCGGUCAUAUCCAGGCCUUCGAUUGUUGUCUGUGUGAGGCUUGGGGGAAGGGACUGUGUGGCCGGUGACCGAUCUACCUCACACAACCCCCCUCCCUCAUACACUCGCACUACAGUCAUCCUCCCUUUGCCCCAAUCAUCCUUCCACUGCCCAACUUCACAGAAAGGCUGUUUAGUGCCCAACAUUGCCCGCUGCCAGCAGGUUAGACUUCAGGCUUGGUGCCCGUGGAACCACAGUUGUAGCCACCGGCUUGCAGCUGGCACAUUAACCAGAGUGCUGCCCAGCCCAUGAGGACCACUGCGAGAAAAAGAGGGAUCAUCGAUGUGGAGCUCCCUCAAAAGCCCAGCGUCACGGCCAUGACCUUGGUACUGGCACUGGGGGAAUGGACCAGGGGUUGGGCUGAGGUCCCAGGGUGUAGGGUUCACACCCACCGUCUCCAGGGCUGAACACCUGAGCCCCAACUCACAGCAGGUUCACUGAGGGAUCUCUGCACGGCACCAGUCCUGUGCAUGUGCCCCACACUGCGACGUGCACUUUUAAUAUUAAAAACUGAAUCAAAGCACCAACAUUAAAUGCAGGGGGGGGGGGGCGGUGGAGGGGGAACAAUUGUGUUACAACUGAUGCCCACUCCUCUCCCAUCUUUGAGUUUUCUACUAGUAGCAACCAAAACAAUUUUAGGUAGUGCUUGCAUGUUCCUUCAAAAUAUUAAAUGCGUCUGAAUGUACGUGGUUUAAAAAAAAAAAAUUCUGCUGGUCACUGGACACAAAGCAUGACUUUCAGGUAGACAACACCAUCAAUGAUGCAUGGUCUUCACUGCCAACACCCACUCCCCCAGCCCCUGGUUGCCAGCCUGGUUGGACAGUCCUGGAGAUUUCACCACCCGACCCCCUGACGCUACCCUCAACCGUCCCACCAUCGGUCCACUGACCCCGAGUCACCCCCACCCAAUACUCGCCCACUCAGAGCAGCCAGACCUACUGACCUUGACUCGUCUUCCCUCGAAUCCAAAGCUUGUCAGCCAGCAGUGUUAACACAGACGGAAGGAGGUGAAAGCGUUCCGUUUUGUUACCCGUGAAGUUCCCCGUUUUGCUUUGUUUGUGGCACCUUUCCUAAGAUGACCAUUCCAUUACUGGAGCCUGCAGGCCGACUCCAGAGUGUUGACAACCUAACCUGCCCCGGUGUUACAUCUCCACAAAGCUCACGGACAGACCCAGGUCUGAUCAACGCGAGCCACUGAAAUCACAUCGUUCCUGCAGGGGGUUUCUGUAUUGUUUCCUCACUGAGCAGACAGGGUGUUGAUUUCAGACAACACUGUUGGGGCCAUGAUAGAAGGCCUGCACCUCGCCCUUGUUAGGAACAGACUGGACAAUACACAGGCGAAGGCUGAGGGAAGCAAGCGUGUCAGCUUCUAGUUCCAUGGGUGAGCACCAGCAAACUCAGGGGACCAAGUUUUCACUCCCAUCAGUCAUAGGGAUCCCAGCAAUGUACACUAGCUUUCAGUUACAGGGAGACUAGAGUGAAAAAGAUUCCUAAGGUGAUAUUUUGAAAUCCCAAGUGGCUCUGAUGGUGUGCAUUUGAGUAAAAAAUGUUUAGGAGCAGAUGAGAACUCAGAUCUGGCGAGAGUCAUUGAGGGGAACUUGUAAUUUGAGUAUAGGAGCAGGGAGGUUCUACUGCAGUUGUACAGGGUCUUGGUGAGACCACACCUGGAGUAUUGCGUACAGUUUUGAUCUCCAAAUCUGAGGAAAGACAUUAUUGCCAUAGAGGGAGUACAGAGAAGGUUCACCAGACUGAUUCCUGGGAUGUCAGGACUUUCAUAUGAAGAAAGACUGGAUAGACUCAGCUUGUACUCGUUGGAAUUUAGAAGAUUGAGGGGGGAUCUUAUAGAAGCUUACAAACUUACUUAUAGAAGUUGGACAGGCUCGAUGCAGGAAGAUUGUUCCCGAUGUUGGGGAAGUCCAGGACAAGGGGUCACAGUUUAAGGAUAAAGGGGAAAUCCUUUAGGACCGAGAUGAGAAAAACAUUUUUCACACAGAGAGUAGUGAAUCUCUGGAACACUCUGCCACAGAAGGUAGUUGAGGCCAGUUCAUUGGCUAUAUUUAAGAGGGAGUUAGAUGUGGCCCUUGUGGCUAAAGGGAUCAGGGGGUAUGGAGAGAAGGCAGGUACAGGAUACUGAGUUGGACGAUCAGCCAUGAUCAUAUUGAAUGGCGGUGCAGGCUCGAAGGGCUGAAUGGCCUACUCCUGCACCUAUUUUCUAUGUUUCUAUGUUACACGGCGAGUUGUGAAGGAGAGUGGAUGACUGAAAGGUGAGUGGAAACAGGUGCCAUGAGCAGUAAAAACAUGGAAAUGCACAACAUGCAGGAGCACCUCAGCGGGUCAGGCAGCAUCUCUGGAGAACAAGAAUAUGUGACGUUUCAAGCCAGGACCAUUCUUCUGACAUUGUAGAUGGAUGAGGGUUGGAGAGAAUGCUGGAAGUGAGAAGGCACAUGACAAAGCCUGGCACUUAAUAGAUUGAUGGACACAAAGUGCUGGGAUAACUCAGUGGGACAGGCAGCAUCUCAGGAGAGAAGGAACGAGUGACGUUUUGGGUCAAAACCCUUCUCCAGACUCUCGGGUUGAGACCCUUCAUCAGACAGGUAAUAGGCUGAGUGGGGAAUGUGGGGGUUUGAUAGGCAGAUGGUUGGAAAAGGCCAGAAGUGAAAAGUCAGAGGGUAUGAGACAAAAAGAUUGAAGAGUUGCAAAUUGUGAAGCUGGAGGAAGGAAUGUAAGUGGAAGAGGAGAAGUAGUGGGGCACAGCGGAAUGGAU